CAAUCCUGUCGUUGCUCGCUUUCUCGGUCUCUCUCUUUUCAGUCUUUCGCCCAACGCUACGCCCGUCUGGGGAUUGCCUUGCCUGCUUCCUUGUGGCGGUAAUCCGAACCAUAAUCGAUCCCCUCCUCCUUCUUGCUUUUCCUCCUCCCUGCCGCCGCCGGCCUCAUGGCUUCCCAAGAUGAGAAUACGAGCUCCAAAUCGGAGGCGUCAUCAACGCAGCAGCGGCAAGCCGGACGUCGCGGGGCUGCUGCUUCGUCGUCGCCGUCCGCCGGAUUUCCUGCGAACCCUUUCGAUUUCUCAUCCAUGACCGACCUGCUCAAUGACCCAACUAUAAAAGAGAUGGCAGAGCAGAUAGCGAGGGAUCCUGUAUUCAAUCAAAUGGCUGAUCAGCUUCAGAGAAGCGUUCAAGGUGCAGGAGAAGAAGGUAUCCCUCAGUUGGACCCUCAACAAUACAUAUCUACUAUGCAACAGGUCAUGCAGAAUCAACAAUUCAUUACGAUGGCUGAGCGCCUUGGAAGUGCUUUAAUGCAGGAUCCAGCUAUGUCUAACAUGCUCGAGAGUUUGACUAGUCCAUCUAAUAAAGAACAACUUGAAGAACGAAUGGGACGCAUCAAGGAAGACCCUACGUUGAAGCCAAUUCUUGAUGAGAUAGAGAGUGGUGGUCCAGCUGCAAUGAUGAAGUAUUGGAAUGACCCUGAAGUUCUGCAAAAGAUUGGCCAGGCCAUGGGUGUUGGUUCUUCGGGAGAGGCUGCGAAUUCUUCUGAACUUUCUGGACCUGAAGAAACAGAGGAAGAAGCUGGAGAUGAGGAUGAAUCUGUUGUCCAUCACACUGCGAGUAUAGGUGAUGCUGAGGGUUUAAAGAAAGCUUUGGAUUCUGGAGCAGACAAGGAUGAAGAAGACUCUGAGGGCAGGAGAGCUUUACAUUUUGCAUGUGGAUAUGGUGAGGUUAAAUGUGCUCAGAUCCUUCUUGAGGCAGGGGCCGCCGUGGAUGCAUUGGACAAGAACAAAAACACUCCGCUGCAUUAUGCUGCUGGUUAUGGAAGGAAGGAAUGCGUGGCGCUGCUAUUGGAGCAUGGCGCUGCUGUCACUCUGCAAAAUUUGGACGGGAAGACCCCAAUCGAUGUUGCCAAGCUCAACCACCAGGAUGAGGUGCUCAAGUUGCUUGAGAAGGAUGCCUUCCUAUAAAUAUUAAAUAAUCAAAUCGCCUUCUUUUCUCUUGGUUGUGGGUUCGGAGUCACAUGCUUGAGUCAGCUUGCUUUGUGGUGUGCUUCCUCUUCUGCUUUGAUAACCGUGCUGCUGUCUGUCUAUCUUCUUUGAAGUUUUUGGUCUUAUCUUCUUUGGGGCGUUAUGUGGUGUCAUCUCUAGUAGUAAACAACGUUCUUGUUUGGACAACUAUGGAAUUCGCUUCCCAUUGGUGAUUAUAAAAUUAGUGUUGCUGGCAUUAUUAGAUUA